AUGUAUAUAACAUCUAGAAAAGAAAAACUUAAUGAAGAUGAAUUUAAUGAGUUUGAGCAAGAAAUUAUUAGAUGGUCAGAUGAUUUUGUCAAAUUAUUUAAGACAUUUUCACGAAGUGAACUUCGCCUACCAAAACUUUACAUGUGGCGAUAUCAUACUAUUCAAACUAUUAAACAUUAUGGUGCAAUUAAUGGACUAACGACUGAAACCUAUGAAACAUUACAUAAGAAUUGGGUUAAAAACCCAUAUAGAAUAUCUAAUAAAAAGAAUGUUCUUGAUCAAAUCAUUAAAACUAUUCGUUGGCAAAUAAUUACAACUAAUGAAUUAAAAAAACCAACUAUGUUAAAGUUAGAUUGUAUGCGAUCUUUAUUAUGGAAACUAUUUAUUAGUGAAUUGGAUAAUCUUGAACAAAAAUUAAAGCAUGAAAAAGAUAUAGAUAGUUUAUGUAUUGAAGGAAUACAAAAUUUAAUUUAUUGUCUAGAUGCAUUUUUAGAUGAAAAAUCAAAUAUUUCAUCUGGAAUAUUAACAAAUGGCGAAAUAGUAUAUGGGGACGCCCGUAGCAAAAAGGGGGGAUAGGCCAAAAAAUUCAAAUUUGAGAUUUUAUUAUAAUUAUAUGUCUAUUAGUCUAAUUAUUAA